AUGGAAGAUACAUCGGGUAGUUGCUUUGAAGUCGUUACAACGGAGAGGUCAGGUGCAGAGCAGCCACCUGCAUCCUUGGAAAGAAGAGCAGUCGGAGAGGGCAAGAAUGGGGACCUGGCAGAGAAGCCUCUGCUUCCAGAAGCUACAAGCACUGUACAGUUAGAGGGCUGUGAGCAGCAGUCUUCUCUGGAGCAGUCAGCUCUGAAGGAACAGGAGCAGUCAAGUUCAGCACAGUGGGAAUUACCCAGCAAAGGACUAGGCGAGCAAGAAGUGAUCACAAAUAACGAGCAAGACGUAUUUGAGCCAGGUGCCCCAUUCAGCGCAUCAUCUGAGAGCACAUCACCUGUUACCAAUGAGAAUUUCUCUACUUUACUUGAAUUAAGAAAUUCAGAAAGGGAAGAACAAACAUCUCAAAACUUAGUGCUAUCAGAAAAUACUGCAAGUGGGACAGUAGCAGGAAGCAUGAUUGAGGAUGGUAAAGCUCUUAAGAGGACUAGGGCUAACUAUGAUGAGACUGUCGAGUCUGAGAAGUUAUGUCUUGGUCAGGAACAUUUUCCUGAGAAAGCAGUUCAACAGGAUUACCACAUGCCUGAUGUCAUAACUGUCAGAGUACAAACAGAUACUGAUUCAUUCCAAGAUGUAGUUGUAAAAAUUGAAAGACCUACCUGUCAUAAACCAUUUCUGGGUGGAUUUAAGAACAGGAUAACAGGAGUGGAAUUUCAUAACGCAGGAUCACAAACGGUACCCAAAAAACGACCUGACAAAGGAAUGCACUUUUUUCCCCAGACCGUUUUUGAAAAAAAUAAGCCACAACAAACAAAAAAUACAACAUCAACACAGAUGACAAAAAUUGGUUUGUAUGUGUCAAACAUGACUGACAAACUAGUAACUCCUGGAAAGUAUCUUACAGCGGAUGAAUACCAUAAACGUAGACUUGAAGCA